UCUGGAGAACUUCCCCUUUCCAGGUGGUUAGUCUUAGGUGGGCACCUUCACCGCCUGUGCCUCAUAUCUUAGCCCACCUGGCUCCUCCAGGUGGACCCUGGCUCAUGCUUGCCAGAGAGGAGGCCUAGCCUGGCCUAGACAAGCAUCCUGGGGCACCAGGGUGGAAGCCUUUCCACCAGGGCUCAGCCUCCAGGUCCCUCCUUCUGCAGGUCUCCUCGUUGCUGGGGCAACAGUCCCUCACAAUGGGGCUCAGUGAGCCCCUCCCCCAGGUUGCUAUGGGGUAAGACUCCCUAGCGACAAGGUUUCCCCAUUGCCACCUGAGGCCACCUUUGCAGGUAUCCAGUUAGGAGCACAGGGUCUUUUGGGCAAGGAGGUCUUCCCACUGGAUCCACCUGCUAGGGAUCCCCAAUGGAUGAGGGGAGCUGACCCAGCCCAGCUCUUCAUCGGCUUCUCCUUCCCUCUUACCAGUGGCUAAGGGAGUCCCCUAAAGCCUGAGGCACCUGCCAGGGACCCUAACAUCUGGGCACUAAAAGAACUACUUCCUAGUUGGGCAUGCUGGCCUGCACCUAUAAUCCUAGCACUCUAGGAGGCUGAGACAGGAGGAUCCCAAGUUCAAGCCAGACUGGGCAAAUUAGCAACUUAGUAACUUUGCAAGAUAUUGUUUCAAAAUAAAAAAUUAAAAAAGGCUGGGGAUGUAGCUCAGGCAAAGACCCUGGGUUCAAUCCCCAGUACUGCAAGGGGAAAAAGUCACUUCCUAGACCAGACGUGACCAGGCCAGGGGAUCCUGCUGGCAGAGCCCUUGCUAAGGGGCCCCCUAGCAACAGAACUCAGAAUCCUGGGGCUGGGGUGGGCGGGGCCCAGCAUUGCUGGGGUGAUGUGACUUAAGGCUGUCCCCACAGAGGCCCAGGCGUCUGGGGAGGCCACAUGGUGGGCUCGGGGAUCCCAGUGUUGGGCCUGUUCCUGCUGAUGCAGGGUCCAGGUGGUGAGGGCACUGGCAGGAGGUGGCACCGGGCUGCAGAGGGGCCGCCUGGUGUUUUACACAGUCCCCAUUAUGACCUCCUUUCUCUCACAGAUGGGAUCGGAAUCCACAGAUUCUUCUACCUGUGGAGUGAGCAGAAGCCCAAACCCUGGGGCUCAGGGAGAAGGCUGUGAGGGUGAUGUGUGGGACUGGGAGAGCUGUGGGGGUCAGGCGGCCAUCGAGAGCCCCAACCUCUGCCUGCGCCUGCGCUGCUGCUACAGAGAUGGGGUCUGCUACCACCAGCGGCCAGAUGAAACCAUGUUCAAGAAGCACAUGUGGGCCCUGGGCUGGGUCUGCGGAAGCCCCCUCCUCCUGAUCUGUGGCAUCUGCCUGUUCUGGUGGGCCCGGCGCUGGGACAUGCUGCACCUGCCGCGCUUCCUGCAGGGCAAGUGUGACCUGUCCAGUACUGUGUCGCUGCUGUCCAAGGACCAGGCAUCAAGUGAGAAGAAGACCUCUGUCGACCAAGAGCCCAUGGGGUGACUGGGAUGGAAGCCUCAGGGGGCGUUGAAGCGGAGGAGAGAGGAGGAAGAUUAGGGACAUCCAGGGGACCCCUCAGUACAGGUGUGGCACACAGACACGGCGUCCUUUCUGAGAGCCACAGGAGCAGCGGCUUGAGUGGCCCUGGAGUUUGGUGUGAGAGCAUAUUUGGAGGGAAGAGACUUCACUGCACGACCAUGGGAAGCUGGGGUCCUCGCUCCCCAGGAAUCCAGCACCCCUGGACAGAAGUACGAACUCUCGCCCCCCCCAGGCUGUGCAGCCCCCAACAAGACAGACUAGCAGCA